UCGUUUAUUUGCCGAGGGCUCUCCGCGGCGAACGUAAAUAAUACGCGCGAACGAAGAGGCAGCGGCCGCGAGCGACGAGGAAGAGGAGGCAGCAGGCAAGACAACAAAGAGGUCACGACGGCCACAAGUUAAGAGAGUAAAAAGAACAAGUUACGCAGAAGAUAAGCGAGUUGUCACGGUGGUUCGCGAGAUAGUGUUGUGUCGCCUGCGGAGAGGUCACACUGCCGAAAAAGACGAGGUGCUACGGACUGACUCGAUCGACCUGCGCCAGUGCUAGCCUAAACUAAAUAAUCGUUGGCCUCCGGAGGUGCUGCUGCUCGGCUAGUGGAGAGCGUGCUACGUCGCAGUUCCCUCGUCCGCGGGUUGAUUGAUCAGCUUGCGUUGGCGCGCGCACGCGGCCUAUACACAAUUCGGUUUCUGUCCGUCUGCUCGUUGAGGAAUGUGGGAAAAAUCGUUAGCUGACAUCGCUAGGAAAAGAAGCAGCGCGAAUUGGCCAGCAGUCUGUUGGUCGCGAACAAGGGCCUAGAACGGGAGCCUCAUUCGAGUGUGACAAGCAGCAGCAGAGCAACGGCAACGGAAGGGCACGAGAGGAGAAGAAAGAGCAAGAAAGGAAGGAGAGAAGGCAGUUGGUGGCUGUGUAUUCGCUCAAAAGCGAGCGAGCCUAUUCUCUGCGCCAGAGGUCAAGGCGCUGGCUAGCUAUAGCUAGAGAACGAAGGAGAGAAAAAGAGAGAACAACUGGCCUCACGCGGAGCAGCACGUACAGGUUAAACGAGAUUGCAGCAGCAGGGACAUGACCGAGGUGCGAUUUUGCUAGCGACGUGUUUGCUUGUCUGCUGACACCGCGGAUUCGUCGGCGCAUGUGUCGCGGUUCGCCAUCGUUACCGUGGCUAGCGUGCCGAGAGGUUCGAUGCAGCUGUCAAGGAUCGCCAACGGAGCAUAGCGCCCUUCGUCGUCAUCGUCGUCGCCGUCGUCGUCGUCGUCGUCGUCGUCGUCUGCGAGCAGUAGCCAGCAGCCGGGCAUCGGGACCUCAACGUGCUCCGCAAGCAUAGCAAGGAACAUGGCCUUCAACGAGAAGGUAGACCCCGAGCUCAUCUUCACGAAGCAAGAGAGAAUCGGCAAAGGGAGCUUCGGCGAGGUGUUCAAAGGCGUCGACAACCGGACCCAGCAGGUCGUUGCCAUAAAGAUCAUUGACCUCGAGGAGGCCGAGGAUGAGAUCGAAGAUAUUCAGCAGGAGAUCAUGGUCUUGUCCCAGUGCGACAGCCCCUACGUCACCAAAUAUUUCGGAUCCUACCUCAAGGGCACCAAGUUAUGGAUCAUUAUGGAGUACCUGGGAGGCGGCUCGGCCCUGGACCUGAUGAAGGCCGGCAGCUUCGAGGAGAUGCACAUAGCGGUGAUCCUGCGAGAAGUGCUGAAAGGCCUCGAUUACCUGCACAGCGAGCGCAAACUGCACCGAGACAUCAAAGCGGCGAACGUUCUUCUGAGCGAGAUGGGCGACGUGAAGCUGGCGGACUUUGGGGUCGCGGGCCAGCUGACAAACACCACCAGCAAGAGAAACACUUUCGUCGGCACGCCUUUCUGGAUGGCACCGGAAGUCAUCAAGCAGUCUGCCUACGACUCCAAGGCCGACAUUUGGUCGCUGGGCAUCACGGCGAUCGAGCUGGCGAAGGGUGAGCCACCGAACAGCGAGCUUCACCCGAUGCGGGUUCUCUUCCUCAUUCCCAAGAACCAUCCGCCCCAGCUCACGGGUAACUACACCAAACAGUUCAAGGAGUUCGUCGAGGCGUGUCUGAACAAGGACCCGGAGAACAGGCCAACGGCAAAGGAACUACUCAAGUUCCAGUUUAUCAGAAAAGCGAAAAAGAAUUCGUACCUGAUUGACCUGAUUGAUAGGUAUAAGAAGUGGAAGUCUCAGCGUAGCGAAGAGUCCGAGACGGAGAGCGAAAAUUCGGACUCAGAAGAAUCGAAGCAAGACAGCGAUAUGGACGAGCCAUGGAUAAUGACAGUGAAGGGGCCACACGGGAUUAAGGCAUCCUCCGUGGUUCCCAUAACCAAUUCUCAACAGGAGGAGCAACAACCGGCCUCGCUGAGCCCCAGCCAUACGCAAAACCACAGGCCUCAACAUAAUCAGCAUAACCAACAACAGCAACAGCAACAGCCUCCUAGGCCACAUGCAAACGGAGCCUCCAGGUCGCCGCCUAAGGACUCAAGUCUUAACCACUACAAAAACGACUCGAGAGAGUCUUCGCGAGAUGGAUCAAAUAAACAUGUACAGUCCAGAUCACACGAAUCAUCGCAAAGAACGCCGUCGUCGGUAGACAGCAGAGACAGUCGCGAUCGCGAGUACCACGACUCUAGCCGGGACUCGACCUUGAAGGGCGGCAAAAUGCAGCGUAGAGAUCGUGAACUAGAGAUCGAAGAGAGAGAACAUCGAGACAGAAAGAGUAAAUCAGAGGUGCCUGUAGAACAUCGGUCCAGCUUGGAUGAAAAGAAACUACAGAGACCAAGAAGCUCGCAAGAGCUCAAGCAUCCACGUGCCCCUGUCCUCAAUAACGUUAUUUUCCCACUUUUGAACGACUUGCAGCGCAAGUAUCAAUACACCACGAGGGACAGUGGCGACAAUAGCAAUUCAAGCAGACACAGCGGAGCGUUGGAUGAACUAAGAGGUGCCUUCGAAGUUGCGGAGAGGACGUCGCCCGGUAUGAGCGAAAAUCUUGUUAAGGAAAUUCUUAAAACGCUACUUCCAACCAACCAUUCGGAUGCUCGACUUUCCAUGUUGAUGGAAAAAGUUAUGACAAAGGAUACGUAGGGAAGUGAGAGAGCGAGGAUUCGCAGAAGACUGUAUUCGGAAAAUACGCUAACACUUUAGACGAUUGGUUAUGCUUUUUGGAUUUACCAAGAUCGUCAAGUUUAUUUACGAUACCUGAUUUGCAGUACCAGCUCCCCAAAUCCUGCUGUACGAGUCUGACGUUUGACUUCAGGUUACCGUGAUCUCGCAGGAAUUGCGUUGCACCUGCAUUUAGGUUUUCGUUCAAUUUUUGCUUCGUUUUGUUCUUGAGAGUAAAUGUAAAAAAAAAUGAAAAAAAAAA